AUGGAGAAUACUGAAGAAGAAGUGAAAAUCUUCAAAGUCAUGGUAGAAGAAUAUUCUUCCAAAGGAUCUGAUGAAAUGGAAGACUUAAGUAGUUGGAAAAAAGAAAAAUGUGAUGAUUGGAAAGAAAAUAAUGAAACUAUGAGUGACAUUGAGUAUUCAGAACAAGAAAAUGAUUGGGUAGAAGAACUUACUCAAAAUUAG